CUCUACAAGUGCUUCCCACCAGCGGACAUGCCCUACACACUCAAUGCCUGCUUGCUGUUGGUCGCUCUGCUGCAGGGCGUUCAGGUAGCUUCAGUUCAACCUGCACCCACCGAAAGCCUGGCAGGUGACACUUCAGGUGAGGAGGGGGAGGCAGCCGCCGAGUCUCUGAGCACCUCCAGGUUCUGGGGCCUGAUCCUUGGUGCGACCGAUAAUCACUCGAUGGAGUUUGAAGCUGAAUUCCAAAACCAGGUGAAAUAUCAUAUGUUGGAGGAAUACAACAUCUCCUCACUCCCAGAAAGCUGCCCUUCCUCUGACUUAAGAAAGGAGACUUGUCUCCACAGGUUGGUCCAAGGUCUACUUAUCUACCGAGUUCUUAUUAAGCACGUGGAGAAGGAGUAUCCAAGCAACUACAAACUCUCAGAGGCCAGAAUCAACUGCGGCCGGCUGAUCACCCUAAUCAAAGUAAAUAUGAAGCAUCCCGAAAGUGUAACAGAGCUGAACAGCAGCCAGGAGGAGCAGCUUCUGAAGGAUAUCGACAGCCCUGACACUUACAAGAGAAGGAUGACCGCUAACAGCAUCCUGUACCACCUCCGGAACUUCCUCCUCCAAUGCAAAAGAGCAAUCAGAAAAAGAGAAAUGGCCAGAGGAAGAAUGGCCAACAGGAACCUGUUACCCAUCAGGUUCAGUAACCAAGUUUAAAAAUGCAAG